UAAAUUACACAGCAGUGUAUGUCUAUCGUAGUGCAAAGUAUACACCGACAAAGGUGGCCGCGGAAUUCUCGCCUGUUGUGUCACCAACGUAUAUGAGUGUAUUGAUUGCUUAUAAAGUUUCCAGACUGACAUAACUCGGUUCAGUGUAAUUGCCACAACAGAGUAUUUCUAUCCGAUUGCAGUCUAGAGACGGUGGCCAGUCCAGGUGGAACGAUACAUGUUCUAUUAGGACCUCGUGAACAGGCAUAUGGUCAUAGUAGAUAAUGACGUCACACCGUUGAUAACCAGAUCAAGUUACGCGUCCUGUAUCUGACCGUGUGGAUAAUGUGAAAGUGUGAACCGAAAAUAUAAAACCCUUUAUCAGGAAACAUUCAGCAGUUAAGCAGAUGUUGUUUUGAGACGUUCACCGACUAUGGACACUGCUGCCAACUCAGGCCACAUAGACAAGUGAUAGUGAAUUGUGCUGAAGUGGAAAUGUUUUAAACUUUGUCAGCAUUUUGGAUCAUGCAGAAUACCAGUAUGUACGAGAACGUGACCUUAAACCUCAACAUGACCCAGGGAGCGGGUCUCCCCCCAACCGUCUCCGAGAUCCUUCAGACGUUUGCCCCGGCGGUCAUUCUCGUAGACAGGGUCAUCUCCCCCAUUUGGUACGUGGUUGGACUCAUAGGCAACCCUAUAUCCGCGUACAUAUGGCUAAGUCGACGCAUGCGAAAGAACAAUUCUUCUGCCAUCUACCUUGGAACACUUGCAAUUGUGCAUACAAUAUUCUUGUUUCUUCACUUCAUUAUGGAGUUGAACUAUGCUUGGGACACACCAACGUACAAUAAACCGGUCAUUUGUGCCCUAUUCAACGUUCUAUUGAUCAUGCCACAGUACCUGACGCCCUUAUUCGUCAUGGCAUUCACGGUGGAGCGUUAUAUUGCAGUGUGUCACCCAUUUUCGAAGGAAAAGUUUUGUACGGUGACCCGCGCUAUCAAAGUAUCUGUCUGUCUGACGGCCUUCUCCCUCAGCCUGGCAUCCGUCCAGGCUUACAUCUGGGUCUACGUUGAAGAACACCAGAGUUGUAAGUUCGCUCCGCACGAUGACAUCAUUAAAUUCGAAAAAGUGUGGACCAUGGUAACGGAAAUGCUGCUGUUUUUCAUCAUCCCGGUAUGUGUGCUUGUAUUCAAUGUGUGUGUUAUCCGUGAGAUCAAGCGUAUUACAGGUACAGUUCCGGUGAAUAGUCCACAAGCAGGAGGCGGAAAUACCACUUCAACCAUUACACUGCUGUCCGUGUCUUUCUAUUUCAUCUGUACGUUACUUCCGGCGUCCAUUGUAUACGCCUUGCAGUCUCUGCUCCCCCAUGGGACGUACCCGUCAACUCUUCAGGAAAUGGCCGUAGAUCCUGUCUGGCAAAGAUACUUCACGUACCUGACAAUUCGCAAAGUUGUGGAAGAGAUUUGUUUAUCAAACAAUGCCUUAUAUGGCUACAUUUACUACAUAACAGGUCCGCAUUUCCGAAAGGAAGUAAAUAAAUUAUUUGGAAUUACAAAAUGUAAAAAACUGGUGAAAAAAUCUUCUACACAAAGCCCAAAAUCAGAGUACUCGCUGGUGUCGUCUAAUGGGAAAACUCAGUAUGAUUGUGUUUCUACACAAAUAUAAAUCAGACGGUGCGCUUUUGUGUGAAACGGAAGACAGUAUAUGGCUUUGUUAAUACUGCUAUUUUCAUAUUUUCUUGAUUGACUAGAGGCAUAUCGGUGUCAACCUGGCUCAAGUUAAGGGCUGCUUAGCCACCAAACCUGAAAAACAACCGGAAGUAGCGAUGUGUAACAACUGAUCCCAGAAUUCUUUGCAACGGAUGAAGUUUUAUUGUUAAUUGACGGUGACGUAGUGCGUAUGUCUCUCGUAGUGACGGGAGACGUCCAAUUUUAGAGACUCAUACAGUUGUGAUAAACCACAUGGAUCAUUGUGCCUACAGACAUAAUUUGCCAAUGAUUAUGUUAUAGACUUGAUAUGUUUAAAUAUAGUGCUAAACUACAUGUACCAAAAACAGAUGUAAAUAGUGUAUGUUGAUGUAAGUAGAUCCUGGUUGGAACAUCAGCUUCCAUCGGCUUGCUGUUGUACAUUAAUAUCUGCUUGUAAUAAGAUGCUUCGUUAUGCAUAAAAUAUAAUUUGAACAUUGUGUUUACCUGUGCUUGAACGACUAACGUAUAAACAGUAUACUCUAGGGGUUUAAGUUUUCCUAAAAUAAAAUAUAAAAAGUCUUAAUCAAAUCAAAAUCCAGAUUUGCUUCUAUAUAUUCCUUUUUCUGUUACAUUUGUAUAUCCACUUCGGGACAUUUGCUGCGCAGAAACGGAUUAUUGAAUCAUAAAACAAUAGAUGUCCCUUAGGUCAUCAGUCUGAGAGCAAUAGUGAGAGAGUGUGUCUCUUGACAAUAGACAGUAAGCUUUGAUUAUUGCGGAGACGAGAUACAAGUGAUGAACAAACUCAUCCCUGUACGAAUGCGAGCUUAUAAGUAACGUAGAAAUGACGAGACAUUAUUACGAAAUGACUUCCUGUUCUGGUGAUAAAAGGAAGCAAGUCCUAAUGACCCAUGUGUUAGUAGGUGUACAAAAUCGAGACGACUAGAGUGUGAAUUGAUGUCAAACACAAAGAUCGCACUGAAUUUAGAGUCGAUUGGAGACAAAAACAGAUUAUAUAGACUCUUGUCUCAAAUUGGUAAGAAAACAUUGAUCGUGCAGUGUAGAGUGUGGAUGGUGACAACAGCUGAUCGUACAUAUAAAUCGUAAAGACUAAUGGUAUAAUUGCGUACAUGUACAAACACAUGCCGUACAGACCAGAGUGUAAAUUUAUGAAAAAUAAACACAAUA